GCAUCUGUUGAGUGUAGUGAAAGAAGAAAUCGCAUUUGAAAGAAAAGAUAUUUUGACAAAAUUUAACAACUGAAUCAGAAAAAAUGCCAAAAGAACUACAGAAAGAGCGAGCACAACUUUUGGAAAAGGUUUCAGACUUCAAAGAAAAAUUCAAAACAGAUGGAGAUCAUCUUGUGCAAGAUGUAUUCCCAAACAAAAUCUUAGAGCUUGAAGAAUUGUUUCAGACUAUGUGCUUGUCCAAAGUUUCAGAUAUGCAUUGUGACUUAAAUAUUCCUGUGCCAGAUCCUGUAUUGUUCAACAAUGACAAUGACUCUGGAGAGCCACAGUCCAAGAAACGUAAAGCAGAUAAUGACCACACAAACAGUGAAAACAAUACCUCUGGCACGCCUGUGAUGGUGCUUCCUAAUGGUGCAGUCCCUUGUAAUAAAAAACUGGUGGUACUCUCAGAAAGGAUGAAGCCCCUUAUAUGGGAACUUAUAGACCACGCAAAUCUGUUAAAAAUGUGGAUAGCUUUCCUGAUACCAAAAAUAGAAGAUGGGAACAAUUUUGGAGUCUCAAUCCAGGAAGAUACGAUGGGAGAAGCCAGACAAGUUGAGAGUGAGGCUGCAUCAUAUCUAGAACAAGUCUCCCGUUACUUCAUUACAAGAGCAAAACUUGUGUCGAAAGUCGCCAAAUACCCGCAUAUUAGUGACUACAGACAGGCAGUGAAGGAACUGGACGAGAAGGGAUUCAUCAGUCUACGUCUCAUCUGCUGUGAACUGAGAAAUCAUUAUGCUAGUCUACAUGAUCUUGUGUUGAAAAAUAUGGACAAAAUCAAGAAACCAAGGAAUGCAAAUGCACAAAGUUUGUAUUAACCUAAAACUUCCCAGAAUUCUGAUGUUACGACUCGUGCUGGACAUGACUUCCCUCGGCGAGAUAGGAUAGUACCACUCAGUCCAUUCCUUUGUUAACAUACCAAAUGUUGUCUGAGCUAUUGAUCUACAUGAAAAGAUCUGUCAUUUUCAUACAGUAAUAACAUCAUUUUGGAAACAGGGGAACCAAGCUGUCUGAACAAUGGAUUGUGAAAGAAAUUCACCUGAAAUAUCACCAUGAAAAUAUAUCGUUCUCAAUUAUUUUGACUUCAUUCAUUAAUCAAAAGUUGAUUCUGUUAAGCUUUUGAGAAUUUUUUUUUUUACGAUCCACUGUGUUGUGAAGUGAAGAAAAGCAUGCAUAUACGGUACAUAAUUUGUAUUGAUUUGUAUUGACAGCCUUCAGUGAAUACUUCAUUUUGAUAAUUUGAGCGGUAUGUGUGGGUCUUCAUACUGAUUUUAGAAUGUAUGAUGGCACUUGCCAUAUAAAGCAAACAUGUAAAUAAGGUAAACAGAUGACUGGUUAAAAUAUUCAUAGUUUAAAUUUUUCACCUUAUUUCUUACAAUUUCUCAAAAAACUGAAAUUCAGACUUAAGUUUUCUUUCAACAUUUUUCUUUGUGAGUAAAUAACAUGUACAUGGGUUUCAGUUUGAAAUGCAAACAAUGAACAAUUCAUAAUUUUCAUUAUGAUUAGUGCAUGUACAUCAAUGAAAUUGACCAGAAUAAACAUUCAAAAGAUUUGGAUUUCUAUGUAUCAGCAUAUUUUGCAUGCAGUUUAGAAUGAUUCAUGGAAGAUGAAAUUAAGGAUCAGAGAAAAAAAGAAGGACAUCAUAUAACUGGGUAAAGGAAUUUAUAUGGCAAGAACUGUCGUAGAGAACAUUUUAAUUUGAUCUUGUGUUUACCACUCUAAAAUCUGUAUGUAGUUUCUAAGAUGUUCACAGUUGUAAAUUGGCUCCUUAUUUGUGAUUUCUUUCAAAUGAAAUACUGAAUAGCCAGUUAUUUCGACAAGUAAGAAUUACAAAAUUUUUCAUAAUUCAAGAUAAUUCAGUUUUAAGAAAUUAAAAUUUCAUGAUCUGAACAUUAUGUUGCUGCAAUGUGAAGUUUCAGUGUUCGGAUUGCUGAUUUAUCGAUCAAACACCAGUUUGAUUGAUAGAGAAUAGACGACAAUUUAUGCUUAUAAAGCAAGUUUUUUAGUACAUGGGGAGUGUCCAAAUAUCCUUUGAGAAUCAGAGACAGCUGCACUUAAGUACUUAAGUAGCACUUUAUCAUACUGAAGAAUUUUACAGGUUUUUUUCACAGAUUAAAAUUUUCGCAAGACAUUGAUUCCUCACAAAAUAGCAAACAUGUUUUCCCCACAAAAAUAACUGGCAAUACGGUAAUGAAGACAUUUUAUUUUUAACCACUUGCAACUGAAAAUUGUUGUUCUUAGUAAAUUUUUUGUUUGUGAACCAGUACACUUGAUAGGUCGAAUCUUGAUUCUAAAGAUUUGACGUGUUAUACGCAAUAUAUGUUCUUGUUACCAGAAAUGUGACGGCUUUUAUACAUAUCAGGAAAUGUUACUGAGAAAAGUGUCUAAAAGAUGUCAGUCUUUUCCACUUGAUUUAUUCUGUUACAAUGUUUUCUUAUGUUGUGGACAAAGUAUGUAGUCUUACUUUUUCUUUCUAAUCAUAAAGAUUAAGAUGUACAAUGUAGUUAAAAUUCAUGUACAUUAUUGUAUCCCAUUUAUCUGAAUUAGGGGGAUGGCAUGAAGGUGAAAGACGUGAUUUUACAACAUUGUUGUCAAAAUGGAGACAUGCAACAUGAAGACUUUAAUGUCAUGUUAGAGACGUAAGAUAUGAUAUGUCUAGAUUUUAAUAUGAAGAGUUGGAGACGGUAGAAAUAUGUUUGUUGUAAAUAUUUCGCUGAUAUUUUGAUACAGAAGAUAAUCAAAUGCUUUACUAUUUCAUACCAAAUUUAUGAAAUCUUGCCAAACUGUUCCAGCUAUCUUGGGGGCGGGGGGAAUGUGAUUGAUGCCAUAGGAAUAAAAUGGUUUUUCCAUGUGAAAAAAAUAUUAACUGUACAUGUAAGUUGAUGUGGUAAUUUCACUAACAUUGCUUUCACAUAAGCAGUUGAAAUGGCUGAACUUGCAGAAAAAAUGCCAUGCAUGGGGCAGGACUGAGGGAUAUUCCGCACAUGCAGUCUGAGGAGGCCAGCUAUACCCGUCUAAAACUUAACUGCCAGAAUUUUCAUUAUUUUUCAGUUUUUUGCCUAAAACAGGGUCAGUGCAUGCUCAUAUUUCAGGGAAUGUUAUGAUAGUCAGUAUCAAAUUCAAUGGAACAUAUUUUACAAUUUGUGUCAACGCUUCACAGAAAAUUCAGAAACUGCAUUUCGUUAGCUUUAACUAUUUCAACAUUUAGAACAUCUUUCACAGAAUCGUUCUAUACCAUCUGGACCCUUUCGCCCCGGGUUAUGCAAAAAGAGCCAUCGACGUAAGACAGAUGUUUUGGUCAUGAUAUCAGAGUUUGAGAUUUCAGAUGAGGAGGAAUACACUGAAGUACAACCGAUAAUAAAUUGUGUUUUAUUAUGAAAUGAAAUUAGUUCAGAAUAGACACCUUGUCUCCACCAAUUAAGCAUUAAAUUGAUUUUUUUAUGAAUAAGACCCUUGAAUACCUACUUUCUGUUUUAGAUUUUAUUUCUCUAUAGUGUGUGUAAGUGUUAAACUUUUUAUUAGGUAAUUUAUUUUACAAAUAACUCUAACUAUAAAAGCAUAGUUAAGAGUAUAGAUUUGAUACCUCAGACAAAAUUACACUGUAUAAAAACAUAUUGUUUUAUUUCAGGUUUAUUGUAACUACCAUAUUUAUCUGCCAAUAAGCCCAUGUCUGGUGAUAAGUCCUCUUAGAUUUUUUUGACGUUCAAUAGAAUAUCACAGAAAAACUAGUUCAUUGUCCUGUAUAAGCCCACCUGUUGAUUUUGAGUCAGAAUUUGUAUAUUCCCCUAUAUGGCUUACUCCAGGAUACAUACAGGAACUAUUGCAUUUUGUAUUUGUUCGUGAAGUUACCCUGUACCCGAUACAGCAUCUAGUUACAGUGUAACUUUACCAUCAUUGAUAAGGGAGGUUUGGUAGGAGAGGUUUAUAUUGGGUAGAUAUUUCAUCAUAUAUGUUACUAACACUGCCAAAGGGAAAAGAAAUAUUACUGUAAGUACAGUACUGACUUGUACAUGUCUCUCCUCUAAUUGUUCAACCUGUUUAAAAAUCCAAGUCACAGACAAAACAUUUAUCAACAUGUUGAUUCUAUUACCAUUUUAUCUUGAUAGUAAGCCUAUGUCUGGUUUUAAUUCCAUCCAUAUAUAGAUAUUGCUGCUCUGUAAAAACAAAAAAAAACAAAAAAAACAAAAGUAAUCCAAUUUCAUUUCCCUAGAGUCCACUCCUCAGACUUCGAGUUAGAAGGGCUUAUUGGAGGAUAAAUAUGGUAACUGAACACCGAUAGCAUUGUACAUAUCACAAGUAAAUUAAACAUACUGUGUAAAUUCAUCAAUUUCAUCAAACUGUGAAGUUUAUAUACAGGUAGUGGUGUUUUUGUCACGCAAUAUUCCAAACUUAUUUUUCCAGUGGAAAUAAAGACUUGGUUUCAUCAGGAUAUUUAAGUAUAUAAUGAUGAAAAUGUAAAAUUCUGCCAGUGUCCUUUAUACACUUCCUAUAUAAUGCAAUAAGUCUCCGAUAGCAUUUGUUCAUUCUCACAUUUAUAAUAAAUAUCAAAUUUGUUUCAACAAAGUUUCUCAUCAGAUAUUUCAUUUUUUUCCAAAAAACUUCUCAUUUUUGGGGUUAGGGGAGGGGUUGGAAGCAGAAUGGAAUGAAAUUUAUGGUUUGGUAAAAAUCUUUCAAGAUCUUGAUGAUUGUCUAGUGAAUAGGUCCAAUAUUACGUCGCAGACACCAUGCUUUAUUUGACAUCUUGGUUCAGUGCCAGAUUGUUUUAUAGAUAAAAUACUUUUUCAUUUCAUGUAUGGGCCAGAGUGUAAAAUUAAAUGGAUAAGAUGAAAUUUGUGUUCAGUUACAGUUGUUGAUAAUGAAACAAAAGUAAACAAAAAACGAAUAUUCUGAUAAGGAAGAUUCAGAAAUAUUUGUUCUCAUUCUGAUAGUUAAUUUUGACUCUUGUUGCAGUUUGUGAAAGUGCUGAAUGUGUUAUAUGACAUAUAUGUAUGUAAGAUAAAAUAAAAGAAAUAUUGUUCUCUUCAAA